AUUUUACUUCACCACUUCUUAAAAAUAUGUUUAAUGCUAAUGAAAAUUUUAUGAAAAGGCAAUGCUUUGAAUUAUUAAAAACGAUAUUUAAUAAUCAUUCUUAUCAUUCUCAUAGUAUUAAUUUUGAGAGAGAUGAAUCUGAUGUAAUGGAUGAAUGUUUCACAAGAUGUUCUAAUAACAUACGAUCUGAUGAAUAUU